AUGGAUGCAGAGUUUUAUAUGUUUGGGCCGCACAAGAUAAGCAAGAAAGAUGUGUUCUUGGAGACUCAUCUUUCAUUUGCCAUGGUCAACUUGCGCCCUGUCCUACCUGACGAAGAGGUUACUGAUUUAUGGCUUACUGCAAAAAAAGUUGGUAGGCGAAUCGAGUCUUUUCACUCAGCAACUUCGCUCACUUUGAACAUUCAGGAUGGUCCUCAGGCCGGACAGUCGGUUCCUCAUGUCCAUGUUCACAUCCUACCACGUAAGCAUGGCGACUUUGAGAACAAUGAUGAAAUAUACGAUGCUUUAGACGAGAAGGAGAGGGAACUGAAGAAGCAUCUUGAUUUGGAUAUGGUGAGGAAGGACAGAAGCCCCGAGGAGAGGGCUGAAGAAGCAGAACAAUACAGAAAGCUUUUCUACUAG